CCACCACCAGCAGCAGCAGCAGCAGCAUGGUCGACAGGUGGCCACACGCCGUGAGCGGCCGCAAUCAUCAUCAAAACACCACAGACACGGUGCCGAUGGUGACAACAACAACCGCCACCACCACCAACAAGAACAAGAACAGCAACAUCAUCAACAACAACAGCAGCCGCAGCAACAGGACCAUCAUCAGCAACAACAACAGCAGCGGCCACGGUCUGGUGGCGUUCGUGGUGCACCAGGAACCACCACCGCCACCACCACCACCGCCGCCGCCACGGUAGGGGCAGCACCACACCAAGUUGGCAGCCGCUACAACGUGGACAUGACGCCAACUCACACACGCGGCGGUCGGGCUGCUGGCGGCCGUGACGAUGAUGUCAUUGUGGCCGAGACGCCCGUAGCACAAAUGCUUGCAGGCAACCGUGGUGGUGCACGCACCGCAAAGGGAGAUGGCGAGGGCUUGAGGUUUGGCGGUGCACCCGUGACUGCCGGUGAUCGCGGUGGCGGUGAUGAUGCUGGUGCACGCUCGCCUACGGGUGUGCGCAUGCGGGUGGCGGAUGACGGGAGCGUUGUUGCAGCCCCCAUGACAAGUACCCCCAGGCGGGGGCGGCGACGAAGGACCGGACACCACGGCGAUGGCGAUGGCGAUGGUGAUGGUGGUGGUGGUGGGCAUGAUCAGAGUGCAGUCUUGACCCCUCAGCAGCAGCAUCAAUACCGCCAUGUUGGUGAUAGCGGGGGUGUGAACGCGCCGCCAUCGUGGGAUGGAGACGGGCAGCAAUCCAUCGGACUCCAGCGACGAGAGCCCUGCCCGCCUCGCUUCCAGCGGCAACUCGUCGGUGUCGUUGAGGAUCAGCUGGCUGUGCGGUCCCUUUCGUUCCACCCGCACCUUCCCUACGUCGCUGUGGGCGCCAACAGCCAGACGCUGCGGCUGUGCUCAACACACGCGUUCCAGGACAACCCGCCAAUGGGUGACGGGUCCGUGCCCGCACUGCCCGUCAUGCUCCAGCUCAAGCGGCACCACAGGGGCUCGAUUUAUUCGCUGGCGUGGAGCGGUGACGGCACCAUGCUCGCUUCUGGAUCAAACGACAAGACAGCCCACAUCAUGCGGUUUGAUGGGGAGCGGUGCGAGCUGCAUUCCCACUGGGACAUUCGCCCGCACGACGGCACCGUUCGCGACCUCUGCUUCUCCCAGCGUGAGCCACUGCUAUUGACGGCUGGUGCUGGCGACUGCAGCAUAGCUGGGCACGACUUCGAGCAGUGCACGACCGUCUUCAAGUACAAGGGGCACACGGACCAGGUGUCGGCGGUGAGCAACAGGGGUGACCUCGUGCUCUCCGCCAGUCUCGACAGCACCGUCAGGCUCUGGGACAUGCGCCAAGACAUGUGCAUCCGCACAAUCACGUGCAAAGGCAUUCCGGCCACCAGCGCCGCCGUCAACCCUGAUGCGUCCCACUUUGCGGUUGGGCUUGAGACGGGCGUUGCAAUGCUGUUUGACCUUCGAACGGGCAAGGAGUUGAAGCAGUGGGUGCCACACCAGUCGGACUGCAGGAGCGUCGAGUUCUCACACGACGCACACACCGUCCUCACUGGGUAA